AGAUUCAUCUACUUCACAUCAUGGCUUUCUUGACAGUUUGUUUGUAUAGUCUUUGUCAAAAUCUUCCAGAAACCUGAUGGUUCUCCCUGUAAAGCAAUUUUUGUGCUGUUUGUUGUUGUGUUCUAUUGCCUACCCACAAACUUUCGAAGAAACUCAGGGUAGAAGUAGUGGAAAUGUCAGAAAAGAAAUCUCCCCCUCACAAGGUUAGCCUACUUAAAUGUUCACUGUAGUAAAAAUGUAAAGCAUUGUUCACAAAGAGGAUUUGUUGCAGGCACAAAUCCUAGAUACUAAUUGCCAAGAUAUCUGAAUACUGGUACUUAAUUCAGUUAGAUGUUCACAGACACAUAUUUCAGCAACAAAUCCCUCCAUGUAAACUUUGCUAAGCUUUUAAAAAAUUACAAUUAAUUUUGUAAAAAGAAAUUAGAAUAUUUAUGUCCUACCCUACCAGUAAUUAUUUUUGUUAUUCAUUUGACUUUUUUUUUUUUUUUGUGAGUGCUAUCUCUGAACAAAAUGUUAUGAUCUUAGAAUUUAAAGAUAACAAAUUUUUUAAAUUACAAUUAAUUUUGUAAAAAGAAAUUAGAAUAUUUAUGUCCUACCCUACCAGUAAUUAUUUUUGUUAUUCAUUUGACUUUUUUUUUUUUUUUUUGUGAGUGCUAUCUCUGAACAGAAUGUUAUGAUCUUAGAAUUUAAAGAUAACAAAUUUUUUUUAUUACAUCAGGACAAAGCAUCCACAAGCAAAUUGUUACAAGCGGACGGCAAAGUAAACAAGAGAAAACUAACAUUGCCAACCUCACCAACAGAAGAAGAUGGUUAGUUAAAAUUUAAAAUUUCUACAAUUUAUCUAAGUUGAUGAUUCUGAGGAUAAUUUUAUCAGUACCAACAAAUUCUUUUAUUGAAUAUUGCUAUUUUGCAGAUAAAAAGACUCAGCAGCAGCAACAACAACAGUUAAAGCGAAAACGACCCAACAUGCCAGAAGGUUCUCCAGAACAUGUGGGAAUAGGAUCACCACGGGGAGCUGGGGCUGUAUCUCGUCUUAGUGUUCCGUUGUCAGAAAGGCAGCAGAUGGCCCUUUUAAUGAGAAUGCAAGAUGAGUCUAGUGUUGGAGGUAAAUUUAGUUUUGAAUGUUGAACAACUUUUGCAUUACAGAAAUUCUUUUAUCAAAAUAAAGAUUUCUUCUCUGUAAUUUGUUUCAUAAUUUAACCCCUUAUUCCUAUUUAACCCUUUAUGGGGCAGAGGUACUUACUCUUGCAUGUCCUGAACGGGCACCACUUUUCCGUUUUUUAGUAAGAUUUAGGGUUACAUUACAAAAAAAAUCAAAUCUAAGGUGUUAGUCAACAAAUUUGUUUGAAAUAAAAAGCAAAAUAAAGGAAAAUGAAUGCAGAUUUAUUGUUGUACUCAAAUGUUGACAUUAAUCCUCAUAUGAACACAAAUAUUUGCAAAAAACAACAUAUUGUUUGUGAUUGUGAGUCAUUUAUUCAUUAUUGACAAACACUGCCACAAAAUCUAAGUUUGUAAAAUUCAACACUGCUCACUACACUGAUUUCACUAAUAUUACUAAUAAUAUUAAUAUCUAGUUCCAAUUUACAUUCAAUUUGUGCACUUAAAUGUCACUUAAAUUGAAUUCAGCGAAAUCUCCGCUAUCACUUGAAUAAUAGGCAAAUAAUCGGCAAAAUCCAUUUCGAAGAAGAAAAAAUUUUUUAAACCCCUUAAACUACAAAAAAAAUUGAUUAAAUACUUGUAACUGGCGCCUACUCUAUUCAGCUAUCGGAAAAACUGGAUUUAAACAAUGGGAAGUCUCGCAAAGCCCCGGAGGUCACGAGAAAACAACACUAUGUCGUCACGGAUGCUUUUAGGCGUUAUACCCUUUAAGUGGUAAAGACGUUUUCGGCCGCUCUGCCUCGUAAAGGGUUAAAUGACUUUAUUUCAUUAAGACAUAUUCUGCUUUCUGAUCCAGCUGAUUAUAGAGUAUGGAUUUUACUACUAUUUACUAUUAUACUGUUUAAAGAAAUUACUCUAUUAUUUUAAAAUAUGGCUCGUUGUAAAACAGUACACAACAAAGGGACGAUAACAUUGAUUAAAUACAGUAAUAAAAGAAUGAUACCCAAACUAGUGCUAAUUACAAAUAUUAAUUUAUUUAAGCUAACUUUAAAAUACAAAAUCAAAUAAACUAAAAUAAAACUAUUCACUUGCAGUCCAGCAAUGAACUGGUACUGGUACAAUAUUGGGAAGGUGCGCACACAUAUGAUAUACAAAUCUACAGUCUGUUUGUGACAAUCUCGCUUGUAUGUUAAUCUCUCUCAAUUUCCUUCUGUUGGUCAGGUUAUUUAUAGUCUCUCAUGGAGACUAUUCCAGAAAGGGUCCAGACAAGGGCUCUCGAUCUGUUCCUUAGAGCCUUAUAGUCAGUUGUAUAUAAAUCAGUGAGAUGCGAAGUUUAUGUCCAGUUCAGGGAAGACAAUUUACAAUUAGGCUUGUAGCCAAACUUGGUGUAACCCAAAGUUCACACAGGGGACACAUGCGAUGUCUACCAUAACAUGGUGGUUUUGAUUAAUCUGUAAUCACCAAUUUUACAGACGUAAAUUUACAUUAUCUUUCAAAUCAAUCUGCUGAUCAACCUUUAGACCUUUUAACUGAAUAAGCCGCUGGAAGCGGUGGGGUGUUUCUUUUGUUAUGGCCAUGAGCCGCUGGUAGCGCCAACGUUUGUAUCGUAGUCAACGUGACCUAGAUUUAAUUCGGCCAGAGCCGGUUUUUCAAUCUGGUAGCUAAUCAGUUAAUUUUUAAAAAUUAAAUUUAAAAUUAAAUUUUUUUAAAUCUAUACAUUAUGUAUUCUCUGUGAAUCUGGUGCUGGUGUAGAAAGUUCUGAGGUUUUGGCUUGUUUUGGUCAUAUUUAUUUAGUCAAUUAUAAUGAAGACCUUAUUUUUUAUAAUUAUUUCAAGACUCCGAUCUUUCAGCUCACUGUUAUGUUGACCUAUUUUACCAAAAAUGUUAAUUAUUAUUACACUGUUGGCCCUAAAUUUUGUAAAACAUGCACUGUGAUCUUUUUUUUUUAUUCAAUUAUUAUUUUAUCCUGGUCCUGUACAAGGGAAAACAAAAAGCUGAUGUAGUAAUUAUUUCUUGUCCUUAGAUGCUUCACCAAAAUCCCCUUCGUCGGGUAACCAGGUGACCUCUACAAAACGGACACCAGCAGACAAAAAAGUCAAUAAGCGCAAUGAACGUGGAGAGGCAGCGCUUCACAUGGCUGCAAAGAAAGGAGACUACAGGCAAACAAAACGUCUGCUAAAGGCUGGAGCCAGUGUAAAUAUGAAAGAUUAUGCUGGUUAGUAAUGAUUAUUGCACUUAUUAGGAUAAAUUUAUAGUGUGGAUGAAAUAGUAUGUAUAUUUUGAUCUACUAGCAGUUGGUAUCCUUUUAAAAACAGAUUAAACUCUUAUUUACACAAUUUUGAAAAUGUAAACAAUUUUUUUAAAAGAGCAUUUUCAAACCAAUCAAUUUUAGUUUUGUCCUGAAAAACCUGUUGCUUGCAUAAGAUAAAAUCUUAAUACAUGAGAUGAGAGUAGAAGGCAAGAAGCAGUUUUUACUGAUAUGACACGCUACAUUUUGUGUCCUACAGGUUGGACAGCUCUACAUGAAGCAUGUAAUUCAGGAAACCUCAAGGUUGCUAAAUACCUACUCAAAGCAGGAGCUGAUGUGAAUGUCCAAGGAUUUGAUGAUGACACACCUUUGCAUGAUGCAUCUAGUAGUGGACAUCGCAAGGUAGCUGGACCACUAUGUAGAACUAAAAUAGUUCAUUUCUUGACAACUUUGCAUGGCACAUGCUUAUGAAUGUUUAAGAAAACAAUUUAAAACAAAACUCAAUCAUUUACAUUUGAAUAAAAGAUAAAAAUUGAUGGAGUGCAUUCAAGUUUUAAAAUGAAAUAUGAGAAGGUAUUGUAAACUUGAAGUCAUUGACAGGACAAAAGAUUGACGUUUCGGCUAAGAUCCUCCAUCAGAAAACAAGACCAAAAAAAUAAUAAAUAGAUCACAGUUAAAAAAACUAAAGAGAUUUCCCUUUUUUUUUUUUUUGCCGGAAGUAGGAUUACAGGAAGUGGAAGAAUAUAAAUAUUGGUACUGUGAAAAAUAAGGGAGAGAAUCUUACCGGACCAAAAAUUUAGGGAUACAUAAAAUCUAAGUAAUAAGUAAAAGAGACGAAAUACAGGGAAAUUAAGAAACAUUAGUAAGAGAAAAAAGUGGUACCUCUGUAUAUUUCUUAAUCCAUUCCAGAUCUUUGGACUUAUACCAGACAGGGUGUAUACCAAACGUAUUUUUCCCAUAAUUAAUAAAGGGAAAAUAAUUAAUCCGUUCCCAUGAAAAAAUAAUUAUAUUUUAAUUGGCAUAUUAUACAGUUAUUGACAUAAAUUGUAUAAAAUAAUUUAAACACUGCUUAAUAAUAGUUUUUCAUUUUUAUUUUAGUUUAGCAGUUUAAAUAGUUUACAUAUUUUUAAUAAUUGUAAAGCGCUUAGAGCUGUAAGGUAAGCGCUAUAGAAAAAUGCCUAAAUAAAUACAUAAAUAAAUACUAAAGAGCUGUAAGGUAAGCGCUAUACAAAAAUGCCUAAAUAAAUACAUAAAUAAAUACUAAAAUACAUAAAUAAAGAGAACUUAGGGGAAAUAAUGAAAAUUUAACCUCACUUUACGUUGGUGAGAAGAGUCAAGUGCUUGCUAAUAUGGUGCUGAGAAGGAGAUGUUUUUGUUUUGAAGGAGAGUCCGCUUCCAAUAAAACUUCAGGAAUAUGACAUUCUGUUAUUUUUUUCUGUCUCUUUUCCCUAGUUGACCCUGGUUGAGGCUCACCAGGUUUGACUGUUACUAAAAAUCUGUCUAAAAAGCUUUGCUUUUGCCUUCUCCUCAGGAUGUUUAAAAAAUGUGACAUUGUUUGGUCAUUCCUGACAAUGCUAUUAUGACUUGUUUGGGCUUUGUUGGGGUGGUACUUCUCUGCAAAGUUUUUGACAUCCAUCCAUUUAACAAAGAUUUCCUUGAUUAAUGAAGUAGGAGCUUCCUCUAUCUCCUCCUACUCAGAGCCUGAAGAGAGUGCAUCCAUCCUAGUCUUUGCGCAAUGUGUCAUAUUUUGACACAUCUAGCACGAACGCGGGUCGUAUUCCAAACGAAAGUCUUAUACCAAGCAAAAUGUUUCUCGACCAAAUAGGACGUAUACCAAGUUGGACUUAUUCUAAAGUGGACGUAUACCGAGGUACCACUGUAUUUGAUUCAUACCAUUAUACCAUGUGGGGAUAUGGUUCCGAAAAGCUGAAUAAAUUUGUUUUCCAUUUUCUCUCUCUCUGGUGUGUUUAUAUAUAUUUAUUAUUUUUUUUUGGUCUUGUUUUCUGAUGAAGACUCUUUGCCGAAACGUCAAUCUUUUGUCCUGUCAAUGAAUUUAAGUUUACCAUACCUUGUCCUUAUAUUUCAUUUAAAUUUGAAAUGCUAUUUAAUAUUGAAGACAGAAAAUCUCCAAAUGUGUCAUGGUCAAUGGGUUCAUUGAUAAAAAUAAUGACUGUCUGGAAUGAGACUUUCUCAUCUGCAGUCCUUGCUUCAUCAGUUGUUCUUCUUAAGGUAGAAUAAUGUUAACCUUUUAAAAGAAUUUUUUUUUAUUGAAAGCAUGAGUUUAAAAAAACAGUUUGAACAAUAGUUUUUGUAAUUCAAUUUAGAGGAAAAAAACAUUAAAUUUUUUUUUUACCUAUUUACCAAAGGAUUUAAAAGGUUUAAUAGUUUUUAAUGAAGCUUUGUAUUCAUCAAGUCUAAAAGCAGUUGAUUUAAACAAAAAUAAUUUCUGCAGCUAGUCCAAUUGCUGCUUAGCCAUGGGGCCAAUCCCAUGCAGCCCAAUCUGAAAGGUAAGACUGCCAUUAAUGUUGCAUCCUCUGCUGAUAUUGAAGCAUUAUUGCGGGGCACCAGCAGUUACAGCAGCGACAUUGACAGUCAUAGUGAUGGGUCAUCUUCAGAUAGUAACUCUUCAAGCAAAGAUGAGGAUCGCAGUAACAUAGAUGAUGGCAAGUCAUACAUUUUAACAAUACCAUAAUGUUUUUCUAAUAAAAACAUUGCUAAUCUCUUUGCUUAAUUAAGGUGGCUUUUUUAGCAUAACAUUUGAAAGUUGCUUAGCAAAACAUAAAUAUCCCAGCAAGAUGUUUUGAAGUAUAUUCAUAAGAAUAAAUGUAUUUGUUUCAGACUUCAAGUCACAUGGUAUUCCUGUUAAACCAGAAGUCCUUUUAUCUUCAGGACCAUCCUCUUCAAUCUCUUCAACCGUUGGCCCAUCAACUUCAUCAGUUGGCUCGGUAGGGAGUCUAGGAGUUCGUAGGCAAUCUGUGCCGCCAUCACCUGAUAAAUUGACAGCCUCGACGCGGCUGCUAAUGAAGCUUCAGAGCAAAAAGUCUUCAUCAUCGUCCUCUUCAACAACAGAUGAGCAGCCAAAGGCAGAAUGGGAUGUACUUACUGUGGACGCUGGGUGCGAAGUUACAUCAGAAGGUGACACCGGGACAAGGGUGUUGUUUGAUCGUCCUCGAAACAUUAAAGGGGAUGAAUCUAGAAUAAGUCAGUCUUCAAUGCUUAAGUUAAAUCGUGGGUUGGUUGUAGAUUCUGACGGUUGUCCAGAUUCAACUGUGGCGCCUGCCAGUGUGUCCACACUCUCAUCGGCUCCUUUAGAGCGAACUGUGACGGAGCCAUUCACCCCUCGUGGUCUUGAGAAUCUCAGUAAUAGUGAUGGAGAAGAGCAUAGUGAUGUGUUUACUUCUGCUUCAACCAGUAACAAUAAGGCAUCAGCUACUUUCAAUGCCACCAGCUCAAAUUUAGGUACUUCUAAUGAAACUGUCAAGCAGCAGGCACUGCAGCCAACGUCAUUGUCUCAGCAGACACGGCUCCAGCAACACUCUCAGUCAGUUCAACAGCAGCAGCAUUCUCAACAAAACAUUCCUGGCCAGACAAUCAGCACAUAUCAUGGGGUUCGGCACACUCCAAAGUUACCUAGCAUGGCACAGACAUUACCUAGCUCAAGUAUUGGCCUGGAAAUUUCAGGAGUUUCAUCGUCGUUUCAACCCUCGUCAACAACAUCAUCACUUUCCCGCAUUGGACCAUCUUCAUGUCAGUUUUCAUUAGUUUCAUCAUCAUCAUCAGGCUCCUUGUCAUCAUCCGCAGUAUUGGGAACUGGUCUUCUACCACACCAUCAACAGCAAAUGUUAUACCACCAUCAAACAGGCCAUACAGUGUCCACUCCAUCAAGCACUGCUCAUUUACCCACAGACUCAAGACCAGGGACUUUGCCUCCCUCUUUACUCUUUCAGCCUUUCCCUUCCAGGGGAGCAAAGGGAGGCGGAAGCAUAGUUACUGGUCUCAGUGACAGGGCUAUCGCAGCUUCUGGGGGCACUGUUGCUAAUAAUUCAUCAUCUGUUCCUACCACCACAUCAGCUCCCGCCACGACACACUUUCCAUCCUUUGAGAUGAACAGAUUGUCCAUUCCUCGGGUGGAGGACAAAUCGGACACGAGCAGCUGUGAUUCUCCUCUUAGAGUUGACCAGGAGGAUUCGAAUCCUGCUCCAUCAGAGCAUGGUAGUAGGCCAUCUACUCCAAAGGUACCUCCUCUUAAGAUAAUUAUGCCACCCAAAGUAGGAGGCCCGUCUGCAAAUAUUUCUAAACCUUUGGCCAAACCCGCUCUUCCAUAUGUAUUAAAUCCCAUCACAGAGAGUGAAGGUUGGGAUGGGGUGGAAGAUGGUGGGCCUAGGACACUGCAGAAUUGUUCUGCCCCCUCCACCCAGGAUGGUGUGGAUUAUUGUGUGUCUCGUCCUUCCUCUAGAUCUGGUGCAGGUGUUUCAUCCUCGGACAUGGGGGCAAAAGGAGAACAAAACAUUAGAAACUUAGAUGUAGAGGAGUCUGCAUCGAGGGAGAGUGACCUGCGUGCAGAACAGACGGAUGGGUCAGGUGGCAAGUCAGAUGAAGGCAAGGAGAAGAGGCCCACAAGAACUCUACGAUCACACACUGCCAUGAUGCAGCAGCACCAGAAAGAAAAACCUUCAGAUAAGGAGAAGAAUGGUAUUUAUUUAGUUUUUUUAAGGCUUACUUAUAAGGCUAAAAAUUUAGUCACAUUUUCUUUAUUUCAAGAGCAAAAUUUUGCUUAAAUUUAUUUGAUGUUUUUUAUCUUUUGCUCUCUUUAAAGUGCUAUUUUCAAAUUUCUCACACAAGUAUUAUUUAAACAUGUUGUCAUUGUUCUCAUCUUUUUACAAUGUCAGCUGCCUGCAUUCCCAGCUCUUUAGGCCUACCACUUUCAUUUCAUAAAAUUAUGUUCUUUUCUAAUUUUAGAAAUGGCCAACAUUCAGUAAAACUUUUUAGUAUAUUCCUGAACUGAGUAUGAGCAUUGCAUUGAUUCACUUUGAAAUGCAUUCAAUAGGUUUUAUUCCGCUUAUAUCUUUAAGGUAAUUUUAAUGACAUCAAAAUGUAUUGCUAGAAUUGAGUUGAAUUCUGAAGAAAAAAUUAAGUGUGUGGGGGAAAGUAGUAGUUUUGUUUAUCAUUGGGAGUUAAAAUUCAAGAAAACAAAACUCACAAGCAACUGAGGGCUUCAAGAGUUUGAUCUGUCCUCCUUACUUGCUCUCUGGACAUCCACAUGUGAAUUAUGUGCACAUCUAGCAGCAAAAACCCACCUGCACAUCCAGGCGUGGAUUGUGUAUAAGUCAAUCUGGCGGAGUAUCAAGUAUUUUUCUCAUGAAAUAAUACCCAUGCGGAUCAGAAAAUUUAUUUAAAAAUUAAAAUUUAAAAAUAAUUAGUAAGCUUUGCAUAUUAAAAUGGAUUGCUGGGUGGCUUUGGAUUUGAAAUUAUGUCAAUUUCCAACUACUUGGUUGGAUUUCAAAUUCCAGCAAAACCCAGAAGAAGAAGAAAAACAUCAGCAGCAGCCUGCUAGUUAAAGCCUGAAAAAAAGGCUACUUCAACACUAACUUAAUAUCCACACGAUAUAACGUAGCAACGAUUAAUAUUCAUGAAUAAAACUAGUAAUACAGAUUUCAGUAUUUAAAUUUAUUUAGUGAAAUCAAUAUAUUGUCGGCAUUGCUUAGUUGUGAUUCCUAAUACCUAAGAAUAUAUUGUUUUUUAUCAAAGAACAACCACUGAGGUAUAUUAAGCAUGAAUCCAGGCGCUCUUUUUGCGCUGCAGUUAUUUCUAAUGAAAUAAGUUUUUAUAAUUUCACUUUUUAUUAGUCUAUAGUUCUACUCAGUUCAUAUUUACUCCUUUUCUACUAUUAAAAUUUAAGAAAUGUUAUAAGAACAUUCCCAUUUCUACUGCGUGAAAUGAGUAUUAACUGGUCAUCUAUUUUAGCUUGACAUAUGGUUUCAUUUAAUAAAAAAAACAUCAGUUUUGAAAUUGAAAGGACUACAUUUAUUCUUGGUUAUUAAAUUAUCUACUCAGUAUUUUAUUCUUGAUCUCUUACCCACAUUUUAAAUAACUGGACACAUAUCCUUUCAGUUCUAAUAUGGUUACUACAAGCUUUUUAAAAAAUGUUCAAAUAUUCAGUUACAUCUUGGAGACAAAGAGGGAAAGCUUUUUCUGGGUAAAUUGACUUUCCGAUGUUUGACUUGAAUAGGUAAUAAAGAAUUCUAAAGGGACUUAAAACAAAACAAAAAUUUCCAACUUCAUCUUGCGAAUAUUUCAAAAGGUGGUACUGAUAUCAAAGAAGAAGGGGACAACUGUAGUACAACAAGGUCCCAAAAAGGAGAUGAAUCUGCAGCAGAUGAUUCGAGUUUCCCACCAAGGAAGAGAAAGUUGCGAAAUAAAACUGAGCAGCAGACAAUGCUUGUAUCGGCAGCAACAACAGCCACUCCUAAAACCAGUCAGCCAUUGGAAAAGCCACCGAAUCCCUAUGAAACUUAUCUCAAUCUUAGGAGAAGGGUAUGUUUUCAUACAUCAUUUUGCUAGAUUUUCAUAUGUAGUGGCUAUUUGGAAAUUAAUAAGAUCACUAAAUUUUACAAUUGUGAUUACAUGGUUUAGUCCUGUCUCUCACGUCUGUAUACCUAAUCCACAAUUUCUCUCAAUCAAUUGGGGGGGGGGGGGAGACACAACAAAACAUAAUUUUUCUUGUAAUGGGAGGGUUUCUCCAUUAUUUUUAAUUGUGACUAGAUUUAUUUCCUGUGGGGCUUUUUCUAUUGUGAUUACAUGGUUUAGUCCUGGCUCUCACGUCUGUAUACCUAAUCCACAAUUUCUCGCAAACGAGUGGGGGGGGGGGAGACACAACAAAACAUAAUUUUUCUUGUAAUGGGAGGGUUUCUCCAUUAUUUUUAAUUGUGACUAGAUUUAUUUCCUGUGGGGCUUCUUCCACAGUGCUCGUCACUGUCUUUGACAUCAAUGAUUAACUAUUUAUUUACAUUAGUUAAUUUUUAGGAGUAAAGUUUUAUUUUUAUUAUUUGUUGGAGGGAACCACAAAGAGUUAAGCUACCCAUGAAGCAAAUAUUAUUAAUAAUUUUUUAUAAUUUUUUUUAUCAAGGCCUUUGAAUUUCAGAUCAAUGAAAAGUCUCCUCUAGAAAUUUGUAGCUGUCUUCUCAAAAGCUUUCUUUUACCUUUUCACAAUCUUGAAAUUCCUAUGACAAUUCUAAACCCUAAUGCCUUAUGCCGCCAGCUAAUAUUUAUUUAUUGAUUAUCCUUUGAUUAACUAUCCUUAUGACCAGAGUAAUCUACCAAUUUACUCUUUUUUUCCAACUACACACUAAACCAUUUCCCGUGUCAUUAUAAAUUCAAAUAACUUAUUAAACAUUUGUGUGUAUGCUGAAAACUUAAUUAAGUUUUUUUUAUUGUAGGAUAUGUAUUAGGGCGUCCCAGAAAUGCUCGGAAAAAAAUUUUUUUUUAAUAUUUGGUGUCUCACCCCCUGAAAUGUGUCUCUUGGGUACAAUGAGUGAAUUGGUGAAGUUGUAGCUCAUUUGAACAACAUUUAGAGGUCCCCCAAGAGCUUUUCAAAUUCCAGUAUCAGGCCAACAUAAAAAUCCAGACGAAUCGUGGCUCAAAUAACUUGCAGUUUUUGCAUGCCAUAUAUGAAUAAAAUGAAAAUCAAGAACAGGAUCAAUUGGAUCUGUGGACAAAAAGCUUGCUGCUAAAGAAAAACGAGUUGCUGAGCGUCAGAAACAAUUUAUCAGGGAUGUUGGUGAUGCAGCAAAAGAUGCUACAUCACAGUGCCGUCACCAUGGGUUACCAUCAGGUUCAAGUGUAGAGUCAGCAGUAGACAUAGAACAGCAACUGGAUGUAGGUGGUUCUGACAGUGACACAGACACACAUUCAAUGACAUCAUCCAUUUGUCGGGAUUCCAGUGACGAUGCAGAACCUGAUGAAGAAUUUGUCAUCCAAUCAGCAUCCUCAAGCAAAACAAAUUCUGCAACACGACAUCGCAGACGAAGCAUCAUAUCACCAAAAGUUGCUGCAGUGCUGGACAGAACGAACACCAGCAUUAGAAAAUCUACAAUGAUACUUGCAUCCGCAUUCAACGAAGCUGGUGUUCCGACAUCUGACACAGUAUUUUCCAAGAGCACAAUGCAUCGUCAUCGCAAGCUUCAUCGUCAACAAGCUGCAGCACGUAUAAAAGAAGACUAUAUUCCCUCAAAAUCAAUUGUUCAUUGGGAUGGUAAGCUAUUGCCCGAUGUUACCGGAGAGGUUACCAACAACGUCGAUCGAUUACCUGUCCUGCUCUCAUCACUUGUCGAUGGCACUACAAAGCUUCUUGGUGUUCCCAAGUUAGCAUCCGGGUCAGGACGGGCAGCUGCUGAUGCAGUAUAUGAACAUAUCAAAUCGUGGAAGUGCGAAUCUAUGGUCAUCGGCAUGUGCUUCGACACUACGGCUUCCAAUACUGGAAGACUCAAUGGAGCUUGCACUCUGUUAGAAGUAGCCCUGGGACGUAAUCUAUUAUGGAUGGCAUGCCGUCAUCACAUGUUGGAAGUACUCCUUUCCGAUGCAUUCAAUGUUUGUCUUGGACCAUCCACUGGACCAGAGAUUUUGUUUUUUAAGAGGUUUCGAGAAAAAUGGCAAGAAUUAAACCACACACCCGAAGCCAGAUCCGCCCCUUUGAUAAUCGUGUCCGAUUCGAUUAAAGAAUUUAUCAAAUGUCAACUUGAGGUCAGUCAUUCACGUGAUGAUUAUUUGGAAUUUCUUCUGCUUGCUGCACAAAUGGUUGGGUUGGAGGUUGAUGUCAGCAUUCGCAGACCUGGUGCCCUACAUAGGGCAAGGUGGAUGGCGAAAGCAAUCUAUGCAUUGAAAAUCGAACUAUUGUUUGCAGGCAACGAAACCAUCUUUCAGUUAACAGCUCGAGAAUUACAAGGUAUUCAGCGCUUUAAUCGGUUUACCAUAUGUGUUUAUCUUCAAUCAUGGUUUUCAUGCAGGCUCACCGCAGAUGCACCUGUGAAUGAUAUCUUGUUGAUACAGCGUUUAUACGAAUAUGAUGAUGCUGUUCUUCGAUCGACUGGAUUGAAAAUGAUGGUGCGUCACUCGUGGUACUUGAGUCCGGAACUGUCGACGCUUGUGUUAUUUUCAACCCUUUUGUCGGACAAAGAAAAAACUGGCCUUGUUCGGACAAUGCAAUCAGAACGUGGACCGCAUCUCAUAAAAACACUACCAAAAAGUGUUGUUGAUUUGCGUGCUUCUACCACAUUUUUUGAAACAUCCAACAUUGAUGCCAGUUUUCUAGAUGUUCCUGUUGAAGCAUGGUCAGAUACACCAUCUUUUAAAGUUGCAGCAGAUUUUGUAAAGAAUCUGGCUUGUAUCAAUGACUCUGCAGAGCGAGGUGUAGCAUUGAUACAAAAUUUCAAUGACAGUAUCACCAAGGACGAAGAACAAAAACAAUUUUUGCUCCAAGUGGUUGACAAACAUCGGAAAAAUUUUGCAGAGUGUAAUCGUGAACAGCUGGCUAAAAUUUAAAUUUGAAGAACUUUUUUAAAUUUUUGUCUACCCUACAGUACAAAGUACAAGAUAAAUAUUAGGAAUGCUUAAUUGCAUUGCUUAUUAUUAUUUUUCAAGCAGAUUGACAUUCUUUCAAGAAUUAACUUGACAAAAUGAAUAAAACUUUGUUUUUCAUAAUUUUUUACUUAAAUUUCAAAUUUAAAAAUAUAAACCAUUCAAGAUUUAUAUAUUUUGUUUCAUUUAAUAUUAUAAACAAUACUAAGCAUCAAUUUGUUACUUAAUAUAUCAGUUUCGCAUAUAAUGCAACAUUAACGCUGUAUUAGAUUUGACCGCGAAUGAUUUUACACCAAAAUCUGGAACUUUAAACCUCUUGGGGCACCUCUAAACAUUGUCCAAAUGAGCUGAAAUUUUGCAGGUUAACUACUGUUACCAUACAGACAUAUUCUGUGGGGUGAGACAUCAACAUUUCAAAACUUCAUUUUUUUUUGGUGUAUUUUACAUUUUAUGUAAAAAGUGUGGUGGUGUUGAUAUAAAAAUUAGAAAAACAAGCUCCUAUAUUUUUUGAUGAAUUUAAUUUAACUAAAGUAUACUUUAAUCUCAUGGUAUUUUUAAUAUCUGAGUUAAAAUUUGACAUAUUUGAAGAAGAAAAAAACUCUUUACAUAUGUAGCCUUGAAAAACUUAUUUCUAAUAAUAGCUAACUUUAAUUAUAAAUUGAAGAUGCUAGCAGCUUAUCAUUUUACCUAUAUAAAAAUUUCUACAGAUUGCAUCUCGCCAUCGGGCACUGUGUAAUGUGGCUCCUAAGCCUCCAACAGGUUUUAAAGAUUACUUGAUGGUUAACUGCACUUACGUUCUCCAAGGCAAUGCCACCAGUACAUUAUCAGUUCCAAUGGUAUGUGUCUGGGUUUUUAACCAGUGAUAAUUGGAUGGAAAUUCAUUUUAACCUAGUUAAGUACAUCGGUAGUGAUAACGAUGUCAUUAACCUAUCUAAUCGUUGGGGAGCUCAGGAUAUUUUUAAUUUUUGGCAAAAAUAAGAACUCUUUCUUUAGAAAGAUUUUUAGUGUUUUAAAAUAUCAAUUUUUCUUUAAAAUUGUAUUCAUUGUAUUAUUAUUACUGGCUGGGACAAUGCACCCACGUUGUGAGUUUAAAAUACGGGAAGAGGUACAUAUAUCCACCACUAUAUAGAGUGGGUAGUGAUGGGUAUUGGUACUGUUUUUGAUAGCUUGUACGUUGGCAAUGAGCAUAGGAAAUAAAUUACCAUCAUAUUUGUGAAUCUCCAGAUACUGUUCCCAACCCUUCUACAAGUUGCUUUUCUAGCACUUAAGCUGGUGCCAAAUUUCAAGGGAUUUAAUAUAAUUCAACCACUGUUACAAAUGUUUAAUCCUUAACUCCCAUAGGGUAGACAAAAUCCACUUUGGAACUAUUAUUAUAGAUUAACUUUAUAAAAGACAUUAAAUUACCAACAAUUUUAAGUUUAAAAUGUUAAAUAUUCAUCUACAAUGUUCAAAGAUAAAUAAGCCCAGAAAGGAGCUACUUCAGGAGUAUAAAAAGUAGCAAUUGACAAAAAUAUUUAUUGGAUUUUUGUUUUCUCAUACUUCCACUUUUUAGGAGAUUUGUUGUUUUUUUUGUUGUUUUUUUUUUACAUCUCUCCUAUUAUAUUUUUUAUUUUAAUCUGACUCAUUUCUUUCUUUCUCUCCAUAAAUCUCAAAACCCUCAAAAGACAUUUUUUAAAUAUUUGUUAUAGUUCUGCUUGUUAUCUGACAUAUGAUUUAUUAAAUUUGUCUGUCUUAAAAAUGGAAUCAAUUUUAUUAUUUUAAAUGGUUUCAGCUACCUCCACCCAAUUUGGUCACAGAACCAAUGCGAGCAUUCUUCAUUCAGCAAGAAAAAGAAAGAUAUCGAUUAAGGCUGCAACAUGUCAUUGAAAGGGUAAAUUACCUUUGAAACCUUUAUGAUCAAUAUUAGACUCAAAUUUAUACAGCACUUAAUCCAUAAUUACCAAUUUAAUAUAUUUAUUUAGUGCACAAUAUUCAAAGCUUUUUUUAACUGUCCUAUUCCUAUAAUGUUUCUCAAAAUUACAAAUGUUUACCAAAAAAAUGAAAGGAAGAAUUUAAAAAAUAAUAAUUCGUUAUGGCUCAGAACCUGGAGGAUGGGGUGAAUGGAGAAACUAUGGACAGCACAAUCUCAGAAGAUUUACAAGUGUUUAUUAUUUCAGGAAAAGUUGAUGUUGUCCAUUGAGCAAGAGAUUUUAAGAGAACAUGGUCGUGCAGCUAGAGCUAUGGCCAAUCAGACUCUCCCUUUCAGUGUAUGUACAAUCCUCAGAGAGGAAGAAAUCUACAACCAACAAGAAUUGGAGCAGGUCAUUACCAUUUCAUUUUAUUAAUUGUAGCUCUUUUGUUAAUUCACAGAGUUGAAACACAUUUAUUUUAAAGUAAAAAUUUGUUUUUAUCACCACACCCAACCUAAGCCUUUUUUUUUCAUUCCGACAACUUAUAUUUGCACUUAUUAAUAAUUUAGUAAUAUAGUUUCUGCAUUAUUUUGUUUUCUCUGUACUUGUAUUGUUGUUAAAUUUAACUAAAAUUUCUUUAUUGAUAGGUUGAAGAUAGAGACAAAAAUGUUCGGUCUCGAUAUAAUGGACGGCAGUUUUUUUCAUGGAUUCAAGAUGUUGAUGACAAAUAUGAAAAAAUAAAGGUGGGUUUCAUUUAUUUGUAAAAUAACUGAAAAUUAUUUAAGUUAAGAUAAGAUUCUUUUAUUGUUCCCAAAAAAUGGAAACUUGUUUUCAUUAUACUUUUCAUAUUCAUUUUCAGGAGAAAAAAAUAGCUUGAUGCAAUUUGCUAAUUUAAGAAAUUAUUAAGAUUAUUUUUUUUUUGAGUCUUCUUACAAGUUCUUAACCACAAAGGUGGGUUAUAUUUUAUUUUUUAAAUCUCCCCAGCAACUACUCCUCUUACGUCAUCACCAUGAAGCUGAAUCUCUCUAUGCUGUCCAAAAGCUGGACUGGGAAUGGAAAAUGAAAGAGUGUGGCCUAUGUGACCACAAAAACACCCCAGUCAUAGACGACCUUCACGUGCCCAUGGUGACUGUCAGCGACGAGUUUGAUCUGCUACCCAACUCCUAACACAGGCUUCAAUGUUCUUCUGAGAGAUAAAUACAUUUCUUGGAAGACAUGUAUGUUGUUUCUUCAUGGAGUGCUUUCAGGAACACAUUUUUUAUUGACAUGUUUUCUUUUUUCAUUGAAAAUAUAUCAUGUAAACCAAUAGAUUAAAAAAAUAUAAAGAGAGAAAAUGUUAUAUGUAUAACUUAAAAAAAGACAACUGAGAAAAGAAGAAGAAAAUUGCAGAGAAAAUAUUUUUUUGUGUCAAGUGUGACUAUUAAAACAAGAAAUUAUUUUUCUUUAUUACUCCACCUUCCCAACUCUGGUAAAGUUUUUUAAAAAAACAUGUAUUCUAUAUUGACCACACUUUUAACAUUUUGGCCAAUCAAUCAUGAAGUUUUGUUGUUAAUUUUUUAAAACAUAAGACUUCAAACUUAUGGUUCAUGUUUGACUCCCAGUUAGUGCUGCCAUUUGUGUAGAUGUGUUGGUCAGUGUAUUAUUAGCUAUAAGUUUUCUUUGUCAAAGUUUCAUGCAGGACCGCUGUUUUAGUGUCCAUGACUGUCAAGGUUGUUUUAUUUUAACAGUUCUUUUGUUGCUGCCAGCAAGGGCUUACAUGUGAAAUGAAACAUUUUCUGAAGUAAUAUAGAAUCAGUUUGUUACUUAAUCUAUAAGAAAAUUUGGCUGUCUUUUUAAACACUUUUUGUGAGUUGGUUUCUUUUUUUUUUUCAAUUGCUGUUGUUUUCCCCACACGUGGUCCUGUAAAUCUUUCUUGUAUAAAAAUGUUAAUUUGUCUUUUUAAAAACAGAUUAUAGAGAGUUGGCUGUGUGUAAGCUUGAUUAAUAUUGAAUUAUUUAAAAAAGAUAAUAAGGAAGAAAAAAACAAAUUUGUUUGCGUAUCCUUCAUGCUAUCCUUUUCCUCUGUGUAUAUAUAAUUGGUUUCUCUAAAGACCGGCUUUUUUUCAUAGCCAUCAGUCAGAUCUGCUACUUAAUCAAUCAUUGCCCACCGUGAAUUUUUGUCCCUGCCAUGCCACAGUUGUAGCCAUAAAGCAAGUUGCUUUUUGAAAUGUUCACAUUGUUAAUGUAUUGUUUUCUUUUUUUUAAAAUCAUUAUGUCUAUGUUCAAUCUGAGAAACUCCUUUCAGGUGAAUUAAGCCUUUAUUUGUUAUACAAUCAAGUUUUUGUAAGAAGAAACGUUAUCUUUAAUUUGAGGGUUUUGGUUGUUGUUUUUUGUCAUAAUCUCAAAUUUGUUCAUAAGUUUCAUUCAUAAGUACAACAAAAAAAAAUAAUAGUAAAUAUCUUUCACUGAAAC